AUGGCUCUCGUGCGCAGCCAGCUCUUUGCAGGCACUGAAGAUGGCCAGCUGCUUCGCCUCGGAACGGAUAGACUGUCUCCAGCGAGCCUAUGUCAGGUUUCUGGGGCAAUUACGUCUCUUGUUGCAGCCCCUGACAGCUCCAUGCUCUGGGCUGCUACGUCAGCGAACAACCUUUACAGAAUCGAUGCUCGGACACUUACGCCUCAUCUUAAGCACUCAGCGCAUGUUGGGAGCAUAAACCAAGCAACGUUUCCGGAGGAGUGCUCUCAAAUUCUGGCCACUUGCUCAGCGUCAGAUGUGAGAUUAUGGGAUAUGAAGACUUACAGAGAAAUGCUAAGGAUUCAGCUUCCCGGUGUGGAGUGUUUGUGUGUGGCUUUCGCUCCGGAUGGAUCCUCUAUAAUAUCCGGGUGGAAAGAUGGGAGGAUUCGGGCAUUUACUCCGGAAACAGGAAAGCUCCUAUUUUGCAUAGAGCAAGCGCAUAAGGACGGGGUUACAGCGAUAGCAGCGACCCGGGUGGGCAGACGGUUGGUGUCAGGUGGUCUCUCCGGCCAGUUCAGGGUGUGGGAUGUCCACAGCAAAUCUCAAGAGAUGCUGGCUAGCAAGAAAGAGCACAGAGGAAGGAUCUGCAGCUUGAAACUCCGCCGAAAUGACAUGCACGUAGGUUUGUUCAGGAUGCCUGAAGUAUUAGACCCCAGAAGUGCAACAUACUGUGCCGAUGAAGUCCACAUCGUGGCAACAGGCAGUGAUAGGAAGGUGCACUACUUCGAUGCCCUAGAUGGUACAAAAAUCAGGGACUUUGAGGUUGCAGAAGAAGGGGAUGUCAAUUGCAUUACUUACCAUCCGAAAUCCAAUUUAGUCUGCACCGGAGGCGAUGACCGUUUCCUCCGACUAUGGGACUAUGAUUCUGGCGACUGCAUCGUGCAAGCCCGCUGGCAUGCCGACACUGUUCGUUGCGCUUGCUUUAGCCCUGACGGUAGUGUUCUCGUAUCUGGUGGUGACAGUGGCGUCAUCCAUUUUUGGCAAAUAUCUGAGCAGAUUCGUUCAAAGAGCACGGAAAUGGAGACGUAG